GAGCCAGUUAAAUCCAGGUUUUGCAUUUUCCCAUCUUAAAAAAGUAAGGCUUCGACAUUUCCUGCCUGGGAAGUGGUGCAGUUUAUCUUUAAGGAGGCUAGAGAAAUAAGAAAUGAGUCUCACGUUGCAUGGGUGACAUCACUGGCUUUUGGCUCAGCGCUCUGUAUUCUCUGUCUGUAGGCUUUAGCCAAGGCUGCAGGGCUCGGUGUUUGAACAAGGAAAGAUUCCCAGGUGUACAGAAGAUUGGAUUCGCUCUUAUUUGGGUUAAAAACGGUGAAAUGAGAUUUCUAAAGCUUGGGGACUCCAGCUCGCCUUCUGUUGCACUUGAUCUCUACAAGAUGGGUGAGUUAUUCCCAUUAGAGAGAAAGGGAGUGGAAAUUUAAGGAGAAAAAAAAAAUGUCUGAAUAUAUAACUGCUGAUGCUGGGGAUACGAUUCGUACGAAGCUGCCGAGCUAAAAAUCUCAGCUCCGUCGUGAAGAUCGGGCCAUAUGGCAGAGAAAUGGUGCAGACCGAAAGCUGUUGACAACAGUUAGGGGCUGCUUUCCUCUCCCCGUGUAAGGUGUGUAGCUCCCCCCCCGCCGCCCCUGUUUGUUUUGGUUCGAUUUCCCCCGACCUCCCUCCCCUCCCCAUCCCUUAGCAUCCUUUUCAGCCAGCCGUAGCCCAGCCCGCCCGCCUUCAUCUUGCAGAUGGCUAACGUGCCGCCGCGUUAGCAAAACUGUGCACAACACAUCCCAGCGCCGGGGACGAAGGAAGCUUUUCCCAUCCCAGCGGAAAGGGGGGGUGGCUGUGGUGGCGGCGGUGGCGGCGGGGGGGGGCGUGUGCGUGUGUGUGGAAGAACGAUGCCGGGGCCGAGGACCGCUUCCAGCGCUGCCUAACGGGAGGUGCGCGGUCGGCGGCGGGUCCUGCCGGGGCCGGGGCUGCCCCCGCCGCCUCUCCCCGGCCCGGGAGCGGGGAGGCUGCCGCCGGGGCGCUCCGGGGGAAGGGAUCGGGGCGUUACGCUGCCUGGAUGACAGCGCAGACGACGAGGCUGGCAGAGAGAAGCCGAGGUGUCGGCGAAGGCAAGAUGUCAGUGACUGUCGGCGAAGUCUGCUGAGGGAGAGACCCGUGCGCGCCCGCGUUUCCAGAUCCUGCCGGGGAGGUUGUGUUUUAGCCGCGAUUUAAGACGGCGGCGGCAGCAGCGGCCACGACAACGGAUUGCCCCCCCCCUCUUGCUCCCUCCCCCUCGACCCCGCUUUAAACCCAAGCGAGCGACCGACCGUCCAGAGGAUGAUGCCCUUGCUGAGCCACUGACAAAGAAAAGGCGAGUCACCCGUUCCUGAAACCGGGAUAACCGGCUGCGUGCAAGCGGGAGGUCUCUAGCUGUUGAACUUUUUCUGUCCUGUGACGAUGCUGUGGUGAGCCUGCUGAUCUGAAAGCCAUCUCUUCUGGAUUUCUGAGCUGGCCAGAUUGAAAGAGAUUAAUGGACUGACUAGCCGUAGCUUUCAGGUCUCUUCAGGGGGCUAUAUUCCUUCGGCCCCUGCCGCUCGGGUGCUCCUGGCGAGGGGAGCAGGACAUCUUUGUAUAGGUGGGUCGCUGGCUCGCUCCCGUUCGAAGUGGAAGGCUGCGUUUCUCCUCGCCAGGUCUCCUCCGCAGAGGAGAAGAGGCAGAUGAGACUCCAGGACUGCCUCCAGGGCAGAACUUUGUAGUGCUCUCAGCAUCCCUCCGCAGCGUGGAUGUGAGCCACGGGAGUUGGGGAUGUUUGAGGCAGUCUCUGCCAAGUGACACCUAGCAGCUGCUCCGGAGGCUUUUGCGUGGUCUCACGCUCAAGGGCUUUGCCUGUUGUGAAGAUGUCCAUGGUGUUUCUGUGAAGCUGAGGUAUGGCUGCUGGAAGGUUACUGCUGUAUGCUGGCCUCUCUUUAGCUCUGUGUGCCCUGGGCAUGCUGGCUGUGGCAAUCUGCUCUGACCAUUGGUACGAAACUGAUGCCAGGAAGCACAGAGAGAGGUGCAAGAGCAUCACCACUAAGAGAAAUGAUCCUGGCUUCAUUUAUAACUCCAACAACAACCUGCCUCUCAGGGCCAGCAGGUCUAGGUUGGACCGCUGGGAAGGGAAACUCCUCUUGGCAAGAAACAGGAGGCAGAUCUUUGCUAUGAGCGCAGUCGAUGAGUGCAACAGACAGUACAACUCGACCAACAUGGGGCUCUGGAGGAAAUGCCACCGACAAGGAUUCGACCAAGAGCUGGAGGAGCUGAUUGCCAAAGGAGCAAUUGAGCGGUGCACGUACAUCAAGUACCACUACUCCUCAGCGACCAUUCCCAAGAACCUCACCUACAACAUCACCAAGACAAUCCGCCAGGAUGAGUGGCAUGCCUUGCAUCUGCGCAGGAUGACAGCUGGCUUCAUGGGCAUGGCUGUGGCCAUCAUCCUUUUUGGAUGGAUUAUCGGGGUGCUGGGGUGCUGUUGGGAUCGAGGCCUUAUGCAGUAUGUGGCGGGGCUUCUCUUCCUCAUGGGAGGAACCUUCUGCAUCAUUUCACUGUGCACGUGCGUGGCUGGAAUCAACUUUGAGCUCUCCCGCUACCCCCGCUACCUGUACGGACUUCCCGACGACAUCAGCCAUGGCUAUGGGUGGUCCAUGUUCUGUGCGUGGGGGGGCCUGGGCCUCACUCUUAUCUCUGGCUUCUUCUGCACUCUGGCCCCUUCUGUCCAACCUGUCCCCAGGACCAACUACCCCAAAUCUAGACCUGAGAAUGGGACAGUGUGCUAAAACAAAUAGCAAACAAAUACACACACACACAUACAUAUAUAUAUAUAUAUAUAUAUAUGUCUAUGUAUACCUAUACAUGCAUAUAUAUGUAUAUAUAAUUAUAUAUAUAUAUAUAUAAUCUCAAAUUAAUGCCAGUGCCAAGGUAGAGCUGAGUCCAACAUGGCACUCACAUCUCCACCGGACUCUGUGUUGCUUCGUUCUUUCUCACAGUGAUGGGAAAGCUUUUCUCUCACAUGGCUCUUCCAUCCAACUCUUAACUUCAGCAUCAUACCUUAGAGGUUGAAUGAACAUACAGUUGCACCUACCUACUGCCAUUUGGGAAGGGGAACAGGGGGUCCGUUUGGGGGAUCUGGAACCAGAAUCUGUACAGGACAUGGAGGGGGGGGUGGGGGGGACAAAAAGCCUGUCCAUUGCAGCCAGAAGGGAAAAUGCAAACAGCAAGCAAAGGAACAAAUCAAGCAUUUGAGCCACCUCUACAAUGUACCUCCUCAAGGCCAUUACCAGAAACCCGCCUACUUUCUUUUUCUUUCUUAAAACAAAAUGACAGAAGCCUGCCCUGUCAUUGGUUUUGGGGGUUGUUUUGGUUUUUUUGCCUAAAACACAGAAACAAAGUGGACAGAACGUGUGGAGAAAAGCAGAAAAGCAUUUUCUUUUUGCCUGCCAAACUUUAGAGAGAAGCAAACAAGUGAAAAUAAUAAUAAUAACAAACAAAUCUAACAAAACCAGAAAACAACAAAAAAACUCCAUGAGGAUAUCUCAGAGGACUUUCCAACAAUGCGGUUUUAAUCUUCCAGCUGCCUUACAUCCAGGCUUACAACCGAGGCUGAACUGCUAACCUAAAUGCAGCAGAAGGCCUUUUGAAAAUGCUGUGAUACAUGUGUGUAUAACUUUUUCUUCCCUCUUAUUUUAUUUAUUUAUUUUUUAAGAAAAAGAAAAAUUUAAAACAUUGCAAUGUGAUUGUCCACUAAACCAUCCAUGCUGUGUUUGUGGCCCAAGACUGAGGCACCGCAACUGCAGAAGCAUGAGGAGAGCCGUCAGGUCUGAGACAGCAUGUCUCCUCUGGUGGAUUUCAGAAUGGGUUUUUGUUUUCACUGAGCAUCUGAGAGUUCAGGAUGGUGGAUCCAAGGGAAGACCGACCAGGGAGAAGGGAGGUGGGGGGAGCCCUGGCAGUUGUUCUUCCCAGGUGUUUGCUGGAGUGGGAUUUCAUCGAGUUUCUAUGUUGGAUGUUUAAGACAACCGGGCAAAGGCCAUUGCCGAGGAGAAAAGGGGAGCUGAUUCUUGUAAGGGAGAAGUAAGAGACGCCUCAUGUUGUGUUCAUGUACGCCAAAUAAGACCUUCCCACAUCUUGUCUUUGGAAACUGCCCCGGUUCGCUGGACAUCUCCACUCUCCAUCUGGGAGAAUUAUGUACAGAUGGAAGCGAAAGGGUCAGACGCAGACAACGGAGAUCCAUUUCCCAUGAGCUCAAGCGUUGUAUGAUAUAAUUGUGAAUCCACAAAUGGGACUCUCUCUCUCUCUUUUAUUGUCUUUCUCUUCUUCCUGCUACUCCUCUUCCCAUUGUCUCCUUUUUCCUUCACUCUGCUCUUCCCAUCGUUCAGGUCACAGGUCCCAGAAGAGCUAAAUGAACAGCAAAGUCCGGAGAGACAGGUGAAUGCCAUUAGGGGAAGCAAAGCAUUUUGGCUGUGAGGGCAGUGGGUCCUUGCAGGGGAACAGUGGCUGGGGGGAAGGUAGGGAGGAAGGGCCAAGGGCGUAACCAAAUGGACUUUGAAGAGGUGAUGACUGAAUGGCCAUAUGCAGAAGUGAGGGUACCACUGACAAAUGUACAGGCAAAGGGAGACAGGGAAAAGAGAAAAGGCCUCCCCAAAUCCAACCCAACCCAACAUGCUCUUAAUUCAGGGAUAGUAUCAGCAAUCCUUUCUUACGUGAUAGCUGCAUGCCAUCAGUCCUCAUUAGUCAAUAAAAAUCAUCCUCUGCAUCCACAAAAACUCACCAGGAGAAGGAGGCAACCUGUUGAAACUGUGUCUACUGCACAGAAAUGAAGGCAUUAAUUUCCGGGUCAUGCCAUUUGCACAGCUGGCAAGAAACAGUAUUUUGCUUGGUUAAAAAAAUCCAACCAACAAAUAAUUCUUGUGCAAUACAGUUGCAUAGCCAGCUGUUCCCCUUCCAGACUUGCUUCCCUUCCUCGUUACACCUUGUGUGAUGAUGUUGCUUUAUUAACAGUGCCCAAAAAAAAUGAAGUUUCUGGAGGGCAUUGUGGAGUAGGGUAGAUUUGGGUUUCUUUCAUUCUUGCUCAACUACCUAGCUUUUGCUUUCUCUGGUCUACAGAUUCCCUAAACAUGCCAAUGCCAGCUGCCAAGCCAGUGUGUUGCCACUGAAGUGCCAUCCCUGGCAACUGAAGUUUUGUCAUUUCAUUCUCCAUUAGAUUUGACUGGAGAAAGUAUUUAAUUAUUCAUGUUGAAAAUGCCUUUUGAAAACACUUCCUUUUUAAGUAGAUUGGUUUAUUUCUUUUUUUUCUGGCAAGGUUUUCAAAUAGAGUGGUUUUGAAAAGCUUUGGAACCGUUUGACUGUGCAAGGUAAGGAGGCUGAUGAAUUACUGUUGGAGUAAAGAAGGAAAUUAAAAAUAAAAACAGCUCUUGGAAAGCUAGAUGAAAACUGAAAGCAGAAAAUCAAUAACUGAAAACCAAGAGACACCUAUAAAAAAAUUUGUGAAAUUUUUCAAAAUGUGAACAAUUUUGAGAAAAAACAAUUCUUAUUAAGAGAUUAAUGCUUUAGAAAAAUGGUAAUUGUUUCAUUAAAACAGCUUUGAACGCAAACUUUCUUCCUCCUCUGCAGUCCAAUAGGGAAGGUGUUUCAUGUGACUAUGGAGACCUGGAUUGACCCAGGUAAACUAAAGGGCACAGAGGUAUCUAGCUGGAGUCCACCAUCAGGCCCUGUGGCAUGGAAAGCAGUAUGACAGCUCCUGUGACGUUGUACAGUCUUGUGUGGUCCGUGACUGGUCACAGGGUGUAUUCUUUUACAGAUACAGUUUUGAAAGAGGUAUAUAUAGCAGUAAGAUUUAAGCGAAAUAAUUUUGCUCUUUCAUGCAUUCUCAAAGCUUUCCUUUCUGCAGCUGGCAUGAAAAUAGUUCUGCCUUGAUGAAGUAUUCUCUGACGGUGUUGGUUGACAAGCUGUAUACGAGCCUGUGUGUUUGUCUGUGUGUGGCAAUGGUGGCAGAGGGUUAUGAUUAUUUUUAUUUACAAUGGAAAAGUGUUAACCCUGGAUCUUUAGGCCAGUUCUGUGAUUUUCCACUCACUAUAGCAGAGGCUCUCUAAGGCCUGCGUGGCUAUGAAGCAUCUUAAAAACUAUGGGAGUAAGUGUCUGAAGCAGCGGAUGAUCAUAUAACCUUAAUCUCAAAAUGGAUCCCCAAAGGGACCAUUUGUCCAAACACCAGUUCUGUCAUCUUUGCCUCAAAUAAGGGCAAACCCCCCCUUGGGAUAUCGUGAAUUUCCCUACGCGCAGAACCGGGAGGAGCCCUGCGUGCUUCGAUAUACUUGAAGGGGGCUCACAGCCCCACCACGCUUUCUGUUGGCUCAGGCUCAUCUUCAGAGCAGGGUUGACUCAAAAUACAUCCAAAUCCAAUUUUGCAAUGGUUAGUGCCUCCAUCUAUCCUGAGCCAAAGCGCACUCUCAUCUAGUCUGAGUUUCUGCUUUUUUGGGAGGCUUUGAGAUAUCUUUCUGAACAGAGAUUCAAGGGUUUUGACUAGUGUGUGGUUUUCUAGUUGAAGGAGUAGUUAAUUAGAAAUCUGUUAGCUGUGAUCCCAGCAUUAAGGGGCUUGACCCUGUCGCUCAGAUCUGCUCUGGCGAAGCGCCUAAGCAUGUGCUUUACUUGGAGCAUGUGACUAAUCCCCUUAACUUUGAUAGACUAUUCAUAUGCUUGAAGUUAAGAAUGUGCUUACCUGGAUGAUGUUCAGCUUCCAGCAGAGUCCAGCCCUCGCUCUUCUUUUCCUAUCCCCUUGUAGAUAAAGUGACACUUGUCUUAGCCUGAUGUACCAGUGGGUGUUUGGUCUCCCUUUCUGUGAGGUGGUAACAUGGGGUCCGUAGCUGGCGGGCUCUUUCCUGCACGUGGCCUUUCAUGUUGCAUUGCUGGGACAACACGUCUCUAUUCUCCAGAGACCACAGAGGAGCUUGACUGCAGUGAGCGCAGAUGUCAUAAAAUGCCAGUCCUAGGGAUGCAGGAUGAAUCGGCUCAACCCACUGUGAUCUGCAGGCUGAGAUUUUGUGUAUUGUGACUCUCAGUUAUUGUACACUGAAGUUAUCCUGUGACCGCAGUGAGUUAGCUGCAGGGGGGUUCUGCUGUCCAUACCUGCCGGGGACACUGUAUAUGUGAGGGGGCUACAUGGCAGGAGUCCAUGUGCUCUGUAUCUUAUGUACUGUAUAGGACACCUUCUUCUUCAAGCUAAAGCUGUUCGCGUGUUAAAAUUCCUGAUUCAUAUCGGCCACCUGUAUAUACCAUCUCUCCCUUCUCCCUCUCUGCAAACACACAACUGAUCUUCCCUGAUCUAAAUAGUACAGUCCCUCCAGUUAUAUUUCUAGUUGGGCUUUUUUUUUUCUUUCAUUCUACCCCAGGGACAGUCACAAGUGGACCACAAACCACCAGUGACCAGAGCAAUUUCUUUGAAAUAUUGCUUUUGAAAAAUUGCCAUUAAUUUUUUAAAUGUUAUUCCAGCUGCAGUAACAAAUGAAAGGAAAAAAUAAAAAAUCCUCAGAGUCCUCUAAACAGAGGAUCCUCAUCCUCCCAGGAGAGAAUCAUGAGAGUAGAGGUAUUCUGCUUUCCUGUAGAUGUGAGUCAUUUGGGACCACUCUUAGCUGUGGCAUGUUAGCUGUGCAGUUCAUUAGAUGGUGAAUAAAACCACGUUGGUGAGGGAGAGGAUUGAUAUGCAGGGGGUAUCUCAGAUUCCCAAGCGCUCCUGGAAGACUAUGUCUCCAUGGCUGUCCAUUUACCCACCAUGCAGCUCCUCUGAAUCAGGCUCAUCCCUGGAGCCCCACUGAUAAGCAGAGCUCAGAAGAAAAUCACUGUAAUCUGUCCUUAAUUGUUGAGUGCCAAGCUAACUGCCGGCAGCGAAAUGGAGAGGAAAUAAUAUGUUACCAAGUAUAGCUUAAAUAAAGACAUACAUUAUUUGGGCUCUUUCUUCUGUGUGUCUCUACACAGGCCUAGAAGGGCUAUAGGAGUGCUCAGGCACAUUCACACAAACCAACACUGCAUUUCCUUGCCCCCAGGUUUUGCACUCUUUCAUGGCCCAUACUGCUGUGCUCAUGCAGCCAGCAAGGGAAGACUCAAGGUGAAAAACUGAGACAGCUCUGAACGAUUGCCAGGCACCACUGAGAGACAAAGAGUAAAACGUGUGCAUGAAGCACAAACGGCAUGUAAAGAUUAGUGAUGGAUGAAUUUCCAAGGUCAGGAUCUGAGUUUCAAAAAAGCCUAAAGUUUGAUUGCAAACUCCAGGCCAGAUCCGUAAGAUCUUGAUUCUGCCAGUCUAAGCUGAAAACUCAUAAAAAAAGGGCUUAGCUCAAAACUUAUAGCCCCACUGUUGCCAGUUAUAGCCAGGAAUGUAAUGCAUCUGUUCCAUAGGCUGUUGAAGUCCAUAGAAAGCUUCCCCUUGGCUCCAGUGAGUUUUGGAUCAGGUGCCUUAGAAAAUAUUUUAGUGCUGUCUUGGUUAACACUGAAAAUGAAAUGCGUGCUUACACACUCACAAUAUCUAAUCUUUGGCUGUAGAAAGAAACAGUCAUCAGAUGUUACCUUCUCCCCCCCCCCCCCCCCCCGAUUUAGGGUUUCCAUCCUGUCUGUCCCCUUAAUACCCCAGUCCUACAGCCUUCUUCAGAGCCAUAGUUAGAGAUUGCAACAUUUUUUUAAAACAAAUGACCUUCUGCUGGUGCCAGGGGGCUCUGACAAGUGUCCUGUUGACAUCGGGGUGAGAACUGGAGCCUGAUACAAUGCUGUCAAUUUAAUUGCAGUAUGCCUUGCACGUGUUUAGGAUUUAACUUGGAGAAAGAGCCUAGACGACUGCCUCAAUAUAGGCCACAAGAGGGAAAUGAAAUGCUGGUCACCUCUAGUAAAGCACUCCAGAAUCACAGAUCAAUUGUCCUUCCUUGCUCAGGGAAGACUUGCAAUGAAAAUAACGGAGGCUCAGAUAGGUUAUCUCCAGGGAAAGGUGGGAGAGUGAAAAAAAGGAAACCUAACAGCAGUUGCUAUAGGUCAAAAUUGACGGGCAUUGGUAGAAUUACGUGAGGACAAUCCAAUGUCGCCUGCAGCAUCAGCAGCAGGAAUUGUCAGUCCCUUCUAGGACAGCAUUUUUAUAUUUUUCCUUCACUGAUUAACACUCCUGCAGAGCUGCAGAAAGCAACUUCAAAAGUUUUCUUGCAUAGGAUUUAUACACAUGGACACCCUCACUCCCCUCCUUCCUCAGACACGCACACAUGCACACCCCACGACGUGGGUGCUAGUAACCUGUAAAUAUGUGUACUAUAUAGAGAGAAAAUACAUGGCAAAAUGCAGCAUAAUAGUUUGUUUUCUAUUCUUUUAUACUUAACUCAGGAGUUGCAAUGCAAUUCAGAUGCCAUCUGCGUCCGCGCUAGGUUGUGCGUGCAAAUUGCAUGGAAACUAUCAGCUGAAGAGACAUGGGGAAGCACAAUACAACUGGGAGGAAAUGGGCAUUUGCCAUCAAGAUGUAUUUGGGUAUUUAAGAAAGAGUUGCCGAUGUUGUUCUGAUCCCAGAGAUGCAGGGAAAGGAAGCAGCUGAGACACAAAUACGUGUUUCUUUCUGCCUAUUUUGCCUUUGGGCAGAUAUAUCCAGCAGAAAGGGAGGCAGCGAACAGCUCAGGGUAGAAACAUCCUGAAACACUGCAGCAAGACUCUCCAGAGCUGACCAUCAGUGCUCUUCAAUACAGGGUUCCUACAGAGCUACUUCUGAUCCAGUCAGCCCUGAGCUAGCCAUCCUACCUCCGAAAAUGCAGUUGCGUCCACAAGUCCUUACUACCUUCUAGUGCCACAGAGCCCGGUACUAACCACUCGUGUGCAAUACAUGCGGGUGUCACUUUCUGAGUGCAUAAGGCUAAGGGAAAAAACCUAAAGUCCCAUCAGAAGGACAGGCUUGGUAUUCACAAAACUGGUUCUUGCAACCCGCUGUUGCAAGGUGCUUCUCUAACACAGACGGCCUCAGUCACAAAAGAAAAAAUUGCACCAUAUCACCUCCAAAUCAGAAAAGUUUAUGAUCCCAUAGUGUAAAAAUCCUGCUGUGCUGAGAGGCAGCGCCAUGGCAGGACACUGCCUGAGUCUUAUUUCUGUCCUCUGCAGAGGGCUUGCUCGGGCUGUUGGCAGCACGAAGACGGCAGUUAAUGCUGCUCGGCACAGCAGGGAGCUUCGCGUCCUCGUGGACGUGAGCCCUACUUGUGGCAACAGGGCACGGGAAUAUCUCUGUAAAGGCAAUUCCUUCAAGUGGCCUUGUUAUUUUGCCAGCUGGUCAGAAAUACCCAAACAGUACCAGUGAUUCUGCAGUAGAUGAGAUAAAGAGUCAAGUCUUGAGAAAGCUGCAUGACCUGCGGAUUUUGCCCCAGUUUCGAAGUGAUGUAGUCACCAAGGAGCAUGAAUCAGAUAUGGCUCAGUCUCCUGGGGCCAGCUACACAAAAGAGCCUCAGCAUCCAGUUCCUCCUUAGACGGUGAAUAGGAGUAAAACGCUAAAUGCCUUCGGUGCCUACAAUUUUUUUUAAAAAACAUAUAUGGUCCUAAUUUGCUUAAGCUCUUGUGAUAUUUUAUCUCAAGAAUAGUUUUCAUCUGACUGUAGAGCAUGCAGCUGUAUUUUUUUAUGAAGGGUUAUUCAUUAACAAUAUAGAUCAUAAGAAAAAGGUUCAAGUAAUCAGAACAGUAAAAUAAAAGUGCAGCCUUAGACUAUUCGGUUAGAGUGUACUGAAUUAUUUAUAACUCCUGGGCACCAACAACAAUCACAGACAUCUAAUUUAAACUGUUACUAUUUUUACUCGGCAAUUUCCAUCACUUAGAGUGUUUAUAUUCAUGUAUUUUUUGUUUGAUCUUUUGCAGAACAAAAUUUCCCCUACUUACACAGAAAAGCAUAUUUGGGAACUUUUGAAGACAUUUUUCUGCAGUAACUUGAAUUAUUUUAAAGCAUUUUGAGGCCUAGUAUGACAGAAGCUGUAAACUGUACCUAAAAUGGGCUUGAACUUUCAGUUCUUUCUCAAGUAAAAUUCCCUUUGAUUACUCAAUGGGAAAUUUGCUUCAUUAGCAACUGUAAGACUGGGUCCUAUUUAUGUGUAUAUGUGAUGAGGGGACUUAGGUAAGGGGGCUGUACUUGUAUGUCAGCCCACUUAAGGAUCUUUUGCAUAGACACAGGAACAGUCACUGCUAAGUCACUCCAACUUUAUACCAAUCUCUUUUUGUAAAAAACAAGCAUUUGUGUGUGGCUGGAAUAACACAGUGGUAAAUCUAGCCCAUAGGCUGACACACAUAUACAUGUAUAUAUGUAUAUAUAUGUAUAUAUAUUUGUAAAUUUAUGAAAAAUGUCCAUAGCUUCAUGAUUGCCUGAAAUAUCCUGAGGUUGAUGUACAGAAUUUCAGGCAAAGAACUGUUUCACAAUCCUCAUGUAUCUCAGAUUUAAAUCAAAACAAAUUAAAAAGUACUAUUUCCCAGGAAAAUCCUCAUUCUGCCAUUGCGCCAGUCAAGGAGGGGUACCACACUAAAGUCAGCGGCACGCACAUCCACACACAUGGAUCCAGUCAUAGGACUGAGUCUCAAGGGCUUUUUUAAGGAAAAGAAAUGGACUGAAAAAGCCACGGUAGAAUUUCUGUUCCACAUUAGCUCUCUCAAGAGACUCACUUAUCCUUUAUUAAGAGGCCCUUUGUAUGAUCCUGUUCUUCUGCACUAGGACUACAUUUGUGAGGAGCACCUUUGUGGAUGAAGUCAAGCUACACAAAGGUCUGGAUUUUCUGACCUGCAUUUGUCUCCAUUAACCUUAGGCACUUAACUGAGUUCUUUAUGUUAAUGGGCUCAUCUCCCUUGGUUUCUUGUAUAGUUAAUGAAGAGAGACAGUCACUUCUAGAUGGUGAACCACUAAAACUGACAUCUAAGUCAGCUUUAGGAGCUCCCUCUUGCUCCACAGAGUGACCACUCACCUAUCUUGGGUGGUCUCAAGAUCUUAAAAGAUCUUAAAUCCUGGUGAGAUGAAUCAGGGGUCUAGUGCAGAAGAGCAUCCAUAUGGAGAUCAGCCAUGUCCCUGUGCUUCAGCCGCAUGGCCUGGCUCACCAUGCAAAAGACAGGCGUUAAUUGUGGAAGACAGUUGGAGCAAAAGGAGAUGUUCAUGGCAGCCUUCCCCUCCCAAAUUGCAAGAUGACUGCAAAGGACAGGGCUUGCCCCAACACCUGGAAAUUGCAUUUGAGGUGAGUUCCUUGUGGUGGUCUCCAGGCACAGACUACUGUGUGGUCCUAGUGCUGGAGGUCAGAGAUCUUUGGUCUGAACUCUUCACCUUUCUCUGCCAGUCCUGGGCAUUGCUGAAGCAGUUCAAAGAGUGAAUAUACGUCCUAAAAUUUUGAACAGCUGAGCUGUUCAAAGGUUACUUUCUUGCUCCAUCCCCAAACUGGCCUGAAAAAAGUCAUCUAGCUGGCAGUGAUAAUAAAAAAAUUCUCCUCCAAAGUGUAGUUUGGGUAGCUUCAUUUUUUUUUUUCAAUGUUAGUAACUGCUUUACAAACAGUUUACAUGGAGAUUAAAGAGAUUGCAAUUUCAUCCCUUAUUGUUGGGAUUAUAGUUGUCCUCAGAAAAACUAACCUGAGGACUCAUCAAGACAAUGAACUGUGACUAUUAUUCAGAAAGCUGCUCUGACAAGGCGGAACAUACGUCUCCAUCUCACGGUGAGAGUCUUUCAGAGCCAAACUUUGGAAUCGCAUAUUGAUAGCGAGUCUGUCUGGAAAGACCAGCAAUUUAAUCCAGUAUAAGAAUAUUGGAGCUCUUGUAUAUUCCCAUAUUUUACCUGAAUAAAACAAACACAGGCAGAGGAGUGGGAGAAUUAAACUGACUUCUGAAAACUGCAGGGCUAAGUGAACUUUGGAUGUUGUGCCAACGUAUGGUCACUACUAUUUAUUUCUACAGCUAAAUUUAAGUCAGUGACUUGACAACCUUCACCCAUGUCUCAGAACAACUUUAUUUUUAAAAAUACUGUUAAGGUUAUGACAAGAGGACUUCAGCUGGCCUGCAGGGACCUGUAAGUAAAGAUUCAAUACUGUGUACCAGUACUUAGGGAAAGACGUUAGCUAGAAAGUGGAAGAUAAAGCCGAAUUCCAAGGAUCAAAUGUUACUUUUCAGCAUGGUACCACCUUGACCAAGCUGUACUGUUUCAACCUGACAUUCCUUUCCUGUUCUCCCUUUCCCCUUUUUGAGGAGUUAGAGAUGUAUCUCUCUCCUUCUCUGCCUUUUCCUCCCUCUGUGUGAGAAUACAGAGAUGUUUCCCGUAAAGACGUUUUUCUCUAAAUCCCAUUCCAUACCACCUCUUGCAUAUGUGAUUGUUUUGUUAUUUGAGAUGUCUGUGAAAAGGAAAUAAAGGCUUUUAAGAGUGAACUGUGGAAAUGAGGCGGAGCUUUAGAAUAAAUCAAAUUUAAGGAUGCAGCACCAUUUUCUGCAAGACUUUUCAGAAUGUUCCUAAAUUCUCGUCAUUGCCCUCCUGCCCUCCCUCUCUGUGAGAGGGAUGGGGAGGCUCCUGGGAUAUGGGACUCUCAAAGGUUGCUCUUUUAGCUGUUGACUCACUGUGUUCUGUGAGGGUUUUGCAGACUUUUCAGAGUUUUACUGUCAAAGGAAACCUCCUUCUAAAAGGUGAUAAAGUCAAUGAUGUGCAACAUCACAUUGGAUGAGGCUCUAAAGGGUGACUCUGUCCCAUUUUAUCUUUCUUUCCCAUUCUUUACAGCAGCCUUGGGUGUCCAGCCAUGCACACUCUCCUCCUUGCUGGGCUGACUUUGCCAAGGGUGUACCUUGCCCAGAGGGGCCUGCCUGGCCCCUCAUCCCCAUGCUGCACUUGGAUUAUCUUCUUGGAUUAUCUUCUUGACCACUUUCUCUCAAAAAAACCCGUCUCACCUCCUAAUGAAAGCCAUAACCACUCCCGCGACCCUGCAGCAGGGAGCGAAUGCACAGCCCCCCGUGGGACAGCAGCAAUGCCUGGCAGCCGGGCGAUGCUAGGGGGUAGGCAGGAGGACGGGUGGAGCUCACGGGGCCAUCUCACGUCAGAGAGAUGAAGCGUCACCUUGCCUUGCAACAUCCCACCACGCUGCUCAUGAACCACUCGGCCAGUUCAGAGCGUGGGUCUGACUCCUCGCUGUCUCACACUUGUGCCAUCACACCCUCCUAUGGCAAAUAUGUGCAGGCAUGGCAAAACACGCCUGUGUGAAGGCACUAGCGUUUUGCGCAAGGGCCAGUGAGAAAUCAGACUCACUGGACUCUCCUCCAUCCACAGUAGGUGCAUCUCAUGCAGAUAUUUGCUCCCUAGGAUUUCUUCUGCCACAAGUAAUAUUUGCCCUAGCCAUGAGCUAGGCCAAUAGGUUUUGGAGGGUUCCCCUUCCUUGACUCCCUCAUUGGUGCUUUCUUCCUUACAGAAAAGCAUCUUUUUUCUCAGAAGAAAUGAAACAACUCCCAUAACCAUGCUUUGGUGAUGACAAAAGUUGCAACCACCACUCUCUCUAAUUGACAGUUUGGGAGGCUUAGGAUAAUAAUUCACUUAAAUGCCUGCGAAUUGAAGUGUGUUGGCACUUUUCUAGGACAUUCCAAAGUAAAAUAAUAUGACUGGUACAAGGCAUUUGUUAUGUGGAUGUAUCUUGGCCAGAUGUUUAUGUUUCCUCUAAGUGCAGAACACACGUAUCAAAGCUGCAUUAGAAAAGACCUAGAAUGCCACAAUACUUAGGCAUAUUAAUAGAAAUGCAUUGAUACGUAACAUUUAUCUGGCAUAUUUUCUCUUCAGAAAAUUUUACAAGUAUGAUUCACAUCAGACCUGUCUGAGGCAGGUAGGUAUUAUAGCCAUUUUAGAGACAGGAAGCCAAAAGCCUGGGAAAAGACCUGAUGUUAGUGGUUUGAUGCCCCCUCUGAUGGCAACUUCUACUAGCUGCAGGUGGAGCCUUCUGUUUUCAACACUUUUGAAAAUCCAGACUGUAGCUGGUUUAUCCAAAUCUGCAGUGGCUGUAAAUGUGACUGCCAGGAUUAGGACACUCAGGAUCCUGGCUUCAUCAGAGCACUGCGACAGAGCUUUGAUCCCACAAAGCAAGUAAGCACUUGCCUAAUUUCAAGCAUGAAUGUCCCAUUAAUGAUGCUAUUGCUUAAGUUACUUGACCCCCAAUGAUGCUAGAUUGGGAAUUACAUUAAAAUAUAUUAAUCUUUAGCAUAUUUUGAAAAUCCAAAAAUGUGUCCACUUCUGAUUAUGUUUUGGGCAUUGCCAAGGAUAUUUGAACUGUGUAUGCAGCUGCUUAACAAAGUGGAGAACUUUUUAGCCAAUCCGGGCAGAGUUUAAUGAGUUUUGGGUAGUAACAUCCAGUUGUCAGAAGUAACCGAGGGUGGCACGUCCUGCAAGGUCUGUACUUCUGUGCUGCUGCAAGAGGCGAAGCGGCUCCUGUGGCCAUCGGUGCUAACUAUACAUCAACAACUGACUAUUGCGUUAGGUUGUUCUGGUAAGGUGUGAGUGUGGUGGCUAAUUUCACGAGUAAUGCGACAUCUUAUCAAGUGUAUUGUACUUUUCCAUUUCUUCCUGUAAUCUGUUGCAGAAGAGGUGAACAGAAGUUGUUUAAACAUGAAACAAACCCAAACUUCUUGUUCCGUUACUCCAAGGUGCUAAUCUGCAGACACACGGGUGUUUGUGUACGUGCAUUGGUGUUUGCAGGACCGUGGCCCUGAAGGAUCUUUUUAGUGGCAGGGUUGAGAUCAGGGAACUAACUGGGGGAAUGAACAAACCCCUGUAACUUUGAAAGACAAAAGUCGCAGAAAGCAUCACAGGACUUUGCCAAAAAACUGGCUACAUCUUACAAUUUUCCUUUUGUUUUGAUUUUGUUUGGUUUUGGUUUUAUCCAGAUUGGCACAGAAUACUGUAUUUCCAUCAAUUAAAAUCUUGUCUGGUAACUAACUAAACAACUUGUUCAUGGAAAAUUAAAAAAAUAAGUAAGUAAACUGUCAGUUGUGGAAUGUAAACUGAUUAAACAAAUAAAAAAAAAUCAUGUUGUGUGUUUUAA